GUUUAUCUGUGGGAAUGUUGCUGGUGUGCAGUUCUAGCCCUGCUAUAUUUCUGUCUUUUUGGUCUUGGCUUUGUUAUUUUGGUUUGUUUGUAGAUCUGCUUCCUGAGGCAUCUGGCUCAUGUUAUCCUUAGUACAGCAGGGCAGCGCCUGGCUGGUGUAGGAUCCUGUUCUUCUAGCUGUAUUGCUGUGCCUGGUUUCCAGUCCCUUGGGGGGCUGCUGGCCCUUGCCGUUUCCUGUUAUACUCACAAUUCAUUUUCAACUGGACUCCCACCCUUAGUGUGACAUCUUCUGACCUGGCAGAUUGCUUCUGGACCUUACAAGAGAUUUCAGAAUACACAAGAGGACGUAUAAGCACCCUGUUCUCAUUCACACUGUAUUCCUCCUUGGCCAAGCAGAUGGAUUUUUUAGUAUGGCCUGAAUAUAAGAAUCUACUCCUGUUCAGACCUGGUUUGUCCCCUUGUAUGACAAGACAGUCACCAUAAAGGGAAGACCCUCAGGCAAGUUCAGAUUUCAAAUGCUGGGCUGUGGUGCUCUCCUGGAGAGCCCUUGGUGGGCUGUCCCUUUCCCCAGCAGGGAAGCUGUACCUCAGUGGCUGUGCUGACCUCUGAGAAACUCAAGUAUGAAAUUGUCCUCCUUGUCUGCUCCUAAAGACAGACUUGAUUUUGACCAUGAAUUGGAGAUAAGAGAUGGUGAAAACCCAGGAGUACUUCUAGUAAUUUAAGGGCUUUUAUAACAAAUGAUAUGUUUGCACAUUUGUUUACUAAUAAUGUGCACCAUGUCAGAACUGCCCUGCCAGUUAUGCCACAGGUCAUUUUGUUUGUCCCUAAUACCUAGCCUGGCUUAACCCCCCCUGCAAGUUAAUAAACCGCAUUCUUUAGCUCCAAUGAUGGAAGCUCUUGUUUUUAGACACCACAUUCCUAUAGAUAAACUGAAAUAAGUCAUUACAGAAACAUGAAAACAGAGGAGUGAAAGCAAGAGCUUUUUCAAAUGACAGAAAGCAAUGACUCUGCAUUUGCAUUAAUACUGUUAUUUACUGGAACUGUUUGGAAAUUAUUUCACUAGCUCCAGCAUUGCUGGGUUUUACUAGUUUUUCUUGCAGACAUGAAGACUUCUUAAGAUCACUUUAGGAACAGAUGCAAUAAUCUUCUUGUGUUAUCUGUCACUGCAGUGGUAAGACCCUUACUCUUUUUUUCACCAGGUAUUUAAGAAGAGAUUUGUUUUUUAAUGUAGCAUUCUAACACACUUUUGCUAAAAAGGAAUCUCUUUCAAUACACAGAGCACAGUCCCCUAUAUGGUUUGAAUGUACAACACUUAAGUAAUAGAGGCUACUGUUGAAGUGGUAUGUGAAGCAGUCCAAAGAAUAAUGGAAAGCUCAAGGCUAAUUCAAAUUUUUGGGUCCACUAGUACUAGUGAACAGAAUAAGUAAAGAUGUUAAAGCCAGACCCCAGCAUAAUGAUUUUUGCACAUAUGCUGCACUUGUCCCAUGGGUAUGUCCUGAGGGUGGAUUCAACUGAGCUAAUCUUAGUGCAAGAGUUUUCCACCUCAUUUCUGCUCAUUGAUGACCUCUCUGUGGUGUGGAGACAGGCAGCCCUGGAGGGUCCAUUACUUUCAUAUUAUAUCCAUGUUAGCUGAGGUUGAAUGGUGUUUCUUUAUAUCAUCUGGUCCGCAUGCUCCUUAAGCAAGGUCAUUACAGCAUGUUGCUCAGGACUGUGUCCUGUUGGAUUUGGAAUAUCUCUGAAGAUGGAGAUUCUGUAACCCCCUUGGGCAACUUGUCUCAAAGUUUGGCUAUCUUCACAGUAAAAAAGUGUUUUCUUGUGUUCAGGUGGAAGUUGCUGGUGCUAAGUUUGUGUGGUCUGCCUCUUGUCCUGUCUACCUUAUUCUUUGUAUUGAAGCAAAAAGUCUGAAACAAGAUUUUUAUUGUACAAUAUUUGUUCUGAUACUGAUUUUUUUCUCAAUAACAGCUGCACUAAAUCAAGUAUCUUCAAGUCAAAUCUAGUUCUUCAGAAGCAUUAGGUUAGUAUAGUUUUAUAAUAAUUUGACUAUCAACACGAAUAUUCAGGUGAAAUCUUGGGGGAAGAUGGCAUGCUUAUUCAGACAUAUAGUAAAGGUGUCUGUUCCUUUGGUUUCCAGUAGCAGGUAGAUAUGAGCUACAGACUUUUUUGUUACUCAGUUCUGCCCAGUCACUAGUAUGUCAUAGUAAAAGUAUUUUAUACCACUUAUUUUUCAAACCUAUUUAUAGCUAGAAAACCAAAAAAAGACCUCAAAAAAGCAUUUUUAUUCCACUGUUAUUAAAUUCUAUAAUGUUAAUUGCUAACAGGAGUACUGAUAUCUGAACUCCUUUUAACAGUACAGAGCCAGCAUGAUCAGGGAAAACUGCUGAGUUUCACCUUGGCUUAUACAUCACCAUAAAAGUUGCUAGCUACGUGUGACUGAGAACUGUUCUUUCUAGAGAAAUGGUAGAAACCUUCAAUAAUCCAGCUCAGUUUCUGAUUCCAGGUACAAUUUGUAAGACUCAACUAAAAUGAAGUUGUUCCGUAUUUGUAAAACCUAGUACUGAUGACAGCCAAAUGUACCAUCUCUGGGGUGGGGAGUACCUGCUAUUCCACAGUAAAGCUGGAAUGUUCUUUUUUUUCUAAUUUCCACGUUUCUCCAAAAACCCUGCUUUCCAGUUCACAAUUCUUUUGUUGAAAAACAAACCUUUAUUCUUAUAGCGAGUCAAGUGGUUUGUGCUUUACCCUGUUUGUCACAUAUGUUGCCUACCAAUGUAUUCAAUGACCUUCUACAGAAACUGACCUAAGUUCAAUGGAGAAACAAUUCAUUAUGACACUGGAAAAUCAGCUGCAAAUGAUAUCUGUGGGCUGUAUUAGAGCUGCCCCUCUUUCUACACACUGCACACUUUGUUUAUAAUGACAGUAUUCCUGUGGUUUAUGUUUCUGGUGUAGUUUCAGGAAUUUUGGGGAGGGAUGCUGCCAAGUCAGUGAAACAUGCCAUCGUUUCUGUUGGUACUUUGCUGUAGUUGUUAUUGUGUAAAGACAGGCUGUGCAAGCUUUCUAGGUAAGUAUAUUUCAUUAGAUAAACUGGUGUAAUUGGAAUAAUCAUUAGUUUUCAGACACACACACAAAUUAAUCUGUAGUAACAAGUUGGCAGUCCAGCUAAAAGCAGCAGCUUUCAAAACUAAAACUGAAUUGCAAAUAAUUCAUCAGACCUUAGAGAAGUACACUGUACAAAAGACCAUCACACAGUCCUACACAUGCACCUUCAGAAAAGUGCAUCAAGUGACUUCACAACACGUAUUCAGGUGAAAUUCCCAAAAACUAGUGCUCCAAAAUGCACUUGUAGAGAUUAUUAAGGGCUUAAAAUACCCAGCUCCCUGUGGGUGAAUAUUUCUCAUAGAAUGAUAUUUAAUGUGACCUCUUAAUACUGAUUAUUUAGCAAAACUUGCGAGAGACUUUCUGGUUUGGGAGCAUAUAUAUUAAUAACUCUACUGAUUACCAAAAAUUAAAAACUCAGCCCCAGUGGAAUGGUUGGAGAAUGCACAGCAGUUGCCAUUUUUAAAGCCUUCUCUCCAUUGUUUUUCUGCACUCAGUCAAUCAUGAUGAGGCUUUUACUGCAGUAAUGUCUAAUAAGCAGCAGUAAGAAAUUCAGGAGAAGAGCCAUCUAAGCACUGCAAGAAAAGCCUGAGAAAUAGUAGUGAUUAGAAAAUAGGCCUGAGUAAGUGAAUGCUGAUGUUGCAUUAGUCUGUUAGAUUUCUGGUUUAAUUCAACCUUGCAGUUCUCUAAGCCUAAUUCUUAUACAAAAACCAUGUUCCUAAAUCUUCAGCUAGUCCUUCUGGGCGCUUCAGUUGCAGCCACUUGUCUUGAAUGCAUAUCUCAGAGUUCUGAUCAUCAAGCCUUGAAAAUCAGAGCUUUUAACAAGGCUAUUAAGGAUCUGUUAAAAAAAAAAAGUUGCAUUAAAAUCUGUGAACUAAAAAUUCAUUUUAAGGAGUUAUUUAUCUUCCAGUCCUUAGGAGAAAGGGAGCUUGUAUCUCAGCUGGUUUGUUCUGGCAACCUUUAUGGAAAGGCACUUGCAGAUCAUGAAGGGAGUUGCUGAGCUGACAUGAAAACUGGUUUUGUAGUAUGACUGUGUUUGAAAUUAUACAAAGCUUUCCAAGACAGGCUGCAUUAGCUUUCAGAUUUCUGUGCUUGUGCCCAAGCUAAAGAAUAAUUUGGUAUGGACCAGAAUAACUCCAUGGUUCAGACUGCAGCCUUUCUUUUCCCUGACUUUUAUGUUGACAACUUGAAACACAUUCUUUCUUACUUCCAGAAUCCUUUUACAAAACCACAGAAGCACCAUCAAUGUUUGAUUUAAAUCACUGAAAUAUGUUUUGAGAGGCAUGGAUUUGCUGAGCUGCAUACUGUUGGAGCCUGAAAGAGCAUUCUAGAAAAAUGUCACCAUACUCUUGCACUUCCCUGGCAUGCUGCUUUUAGCCACUGGAUGUUGGUUUAGACACAUUUGGACUGACUUAGAAUGGUCAUUCUCAUACUCUUCUAUUCUUAGAGAUAUGUAUUAAACACCAACAUCUUUCUCUAACACAACAGAUUUAAAAUAAAAGAAGAAUAAUCCCCCAUGAGAUCUCUUGUUCUGAACUUCCAAAAUGUCAGAAGAUUCCAAAUCCAAAUUUAAGAUCCUAAAUAAAUGGCCAGAUGGUGAAAGAUAUGUAGGGUGAUAUCACUGGAAGGUAGUAAGACUCUGUAGUUAAGAAAACAUGCUCAUUUAUUAAGAAUUUAAUUUAGCAGAAAGAACUUAGUGGGAAUUUAACAAGAAUUUGAGACUUGGGGUCUGUCAAGGACCUGAGUGCACUAAUAGGUUUUAACUGACCUGAGUAGCCUCACCUGACACCUCCAUCCACCCCCUCUAGCUAUGGGGCUGGGGCUGCAUUUAAGCUUAGGCCUGGCCCCAUGCUCCCUUUCUAAACCUACCCCAGCUAGGCCUGUACCCAGACAUGGGCCUCACUGGUCUGGUCCCUCCAAAGGGAAAACAAAAGCAAAGCAGCUCUGAAGGGCUCGUCCAGAAACUGGAGGCUGUGAGGUAAGAAGCAUGGCUGGGAAGGGUACGUGCUUUAGCAGCUCAUUCUGUAGCAGAAUCUUCCUUGGGUGAUGUACACAAGCUUUGCAGUUGCUUUGUAAUGGUGAGCUCAGCUCCUCAAGUGAUAGGAGCUGAGUUAGUGGAGUCAUGUUGAUUUAUGCCAUCUGAUGAGUAGAUUCAUGAUAACGUACAAAACUGCUUAACUCUGUAAGGGUGAUUAGAUCUGCAAGCUUAUUGUAUGUACUGUGGAAUAUCUAUUUUGGUGCACUGUAAAACUGAGUCCUAACAGGUAUGCUGUUCCUUAAAUGUGAAAUAGGUUUGAGUUUCUUUGGUAUCUGCCUUCAGAAUGCUGCCGUGAGGUUAUUUUUCUAUUGCUUCUAUUGGGUAACCAACAUGAUCACUGUUGACUUGCUGUCUGCAAAACAUUGGGAUCACUGCAGUUGUUUGAUGAUGGUAACUAGUUCUGAUUGCUGCCCAAGGACAUUUGCCUGCAAACUGCAAAAUAAACAGCCCUGUUCUCUCACUUUAAAAUAAAUCCAAGAAAGUAACUCUACCACAAGUCAAUGAAUUUGAAAACAAGAAGACUGAGUAGACUGUUAAGUAUGUCCCUAGUCAGCAACAUAAUAACAACAGUUUGUACUGAUUGCAUAGCUAAGAGUUUUUAACUUCACUUAAAUUUCUGAAGACAGAAAUGACUGUAUUUCUCAUUACCUCUUCUCCUCACAAGCAGUUACUGUAAAUAAAAAUGUACCAUUUUCAUCUCUCAUGUCAAAGGCAGCAGCAAUGUAAGGCAAAGGUUUAAAUUUUUGGCUGGGUAUAGAUUUUUGAGAGAAACAAGGAGAGGAUGGGAAUUUUAGUAAAUUAUAUUUGGUUACUAAAUGCUGCAAAAAGAGGUUAAAACAUGUGAAGAAAAAUGUGUUCAUAAUCAGGGAAAAAUGCAUCUGAAUGUCCAUUCUUUAUUAAAGCGUUUGGCAGUCUUAAGUCCUAUUACUGAAACUCUGCUUAGAAAAGAGCACAUUGAUUUUUUUUCUUACCAGGAAAACGAGUAGCUGAAUCACUCACCCAGAAGGGAGUAUGAGACUUGUCUAAAUCUGAUGACCCUCAUCAUGGGUCAUCCACUUGUUCAUUAUACGGGGAGAGGUCAGUCACUUGCUACUGUUUACAUUCUUAAGUUUCCAUUUGUACAAGAUGGAAACUACGGUGGUGUGCAAAAUAGCUCUACUGCUUUGGGGAAUUUGGCCCAGAAAUUUAGUUCAUAUUCAAGGAUGCAUGUUUUUAAUAUGUUUUGGUCUUACAAGCGUAUUUGUAGCCAUAUAUAAAGAGCAGAAAGAAUAGAGUGCCCAGCUUUCCCAAUCAUAUAUACAUAAAUUUCAGGAUAUUCUUUCACUGAAAAGUUCUUAUGGUAAGCUGAGGUUGUGUGUUUGUCUAUGUUUGUUUGCUGUGCUGCAAAGUUACUACCCAACUAUGUUUUCCUGAUUUGCAGCAUUAUCUGCAAGUUGUGAGUAGGAAUGCCAGUUCUGUAGGGAGCACGGAGAAUUACAAAAGUAAAGCAAGAAAUAAUAGUUUGGCUUUCUGAGGAUUAGUGCCAGUAUUUUUUAUCACUUUAAUUCAUAUACGUUUGCUUUUGACAUGUAUGUUUAUUCAGGCAGCUUUCUGUUUAGCUAUUAAACUCUGAAAAGAAUCUUCAAACACAAGUCCCCAUUUUUAUUAAAACAAAACCCUGAGCUUCGAUUGACUUUUUCUUGUAACUAUACUGAACAACUUAACAAUCCUUCACAAAAAAUUUAAGCAGAGUAUAUUUCUGAAGGAAAUUCACAGCACUAGCUGUGGAGAAGAGAAGCCCACAAUGCUUUUAUUAUUGUUGUACCUAGAAAUAUUAGGCAAAUCUAAGCAUCACACCAGCAUAGAAUAAAAUGCCUUUGCUCCAAAGAGCUUGUUAUCAAAGUCCAGGGAAACAAGCAGUGGAGACAUAGUGGCAGGAAAUUAGCAGGUAACAAUUAGACAACAUAGGUCAGUGCUGACAAUAAGGCCAAGCAGGCUCUGUGUGCCCACAGCUGAGCUAUUGUCCAGGACUUGUUGCCACUGAUGCCAGCACGAGGAACUGCAUGAAGACAAGCAAAUCAUGCAUGUUGGAAGCUCUGUUUGGUGAAUGAUGGAAAUCAGCAUCACUGGCUGACAGGGUGCAAGAGCUGGCAAGCCAAUGCUGUCUGAAAGAUGAUAGGUAAGCUGGGGAGAGAUAAUCCAUCAAGGCCCUUGGAAGUGAAGACCAGCAAUAUAUCGCUGAUUUAAUAGAAAGUCAAAGGAGGGGAUGCACAGCAAUAACAGACAAAGCAAUGAGCUGGGAGAAGACAGGAUCAUGAUGAAAAGAGCUCAGACUGAGCUGGACAUAGCUGCACUGGCAUCCUGUGUCCAGCCUUAUAAUAAUUGUCCUGUAUGUUCCAUAACUUAAGGUCAGAGAAAAAAGGAUGUCAUAGCAACUGAAACAGAAGUCAGUGAGGAUCCAGAGGAGGCUUUUAGCAGAGCAGGUAUUAAUAAAGGCCACACUGUAGACUUAAACAAAAAAGAGUCUCUGUUCAUUAGAGGCUUUGUGAACACUUAGGAAACUGGAGUCUGAGGUGACGACGGGCUGGAUGAUAGCCCUAGCAGAGGGGUUUAUAAAGAAUUGGGUAUAUGGCUUUACACUUCACUGUUUUAAGAAGCUCUGAUAAUAGAGCUGUGGCGGAUUCUCUUCUAGUUUAAGUGCUAGGUCUGUUUGACUUUGAACUUGUCUGAAAGGUUUCAAGUUGCAGCAGGGAGUAACUCGUCAUAAUGCCUCUGUUUGUAAUGGUCAUUACAGAACCCUGCCCAAGUCUUGAACACUGUUGUAAUCUGCGCCAAAUCCUGCUUCUGUUUCAGCUGCUGCUGGCCGUUUUGUCUUAGACAGGACACUUGUCACUGAAACCCCUUACAGACCCAGCUAAAAUAUCCUCUGGUAUUUUUAGUUUGCACUCACUCUUCAGCUGUUUUCAGAAACAAUUCAAAUACAGGGUUUUGAAAAUUCAGUGAUGUUAUUUAGUGGUCUGUUUCUCCCUCCUCAUCCUGCCCAAAUUCCCAAAAGCACUGGGUACAGCACAAGCUUGAACAGCAAAGCGCAGGGCACUUGGAAUAGCUGUGAGCUGCUGAGACUUAAGCUGCAGUUCUUUUCACAGGAAGCAUAGUAAGACAACAGUAUGUGCCACAAAAAAUAGUUGUAUAACUAUUAGGGCAGUAUAUGUAUUCUCUGCAGAUUGUUUGAAGACAGUAGUGCUAUUAUCUAAGGAGAAAGAUGAUAAUUCUUUAAUAUCAAAUGAGACCACACUUUACUUACCUUCUGGUUAUAAUGAACUAUUAUUUCUCAAACCCCGGGGUUUUAAUUUUGAUUGUUGUGUGUGGAUAUUGAUUGCUUUUUAUUGUUCCUCUUCCCUUAGCAUUUUCAUCAGAGACCUGGCUGUCUCCAUGACUGUCCUCUAUUUUACCAAGAUAUCUGUGCAUCCCCUCCCCAUGGUGGGCUCUAAUCACUGUGUUCUUUCUAUUUCAGUAGUAACUACUACAUAUGUAUGAGAUUAGAAACAAAACAAUCAAAAAUCAAAUGGUACCAACUGUUCUUCUUGUAAGCAGUACAAACUAUUCAUGCUGCCCCAAACCUGGCACUCCUGUCCGUCACUGGCUACGGUGUGUACCUCUAAUGGCUGUCAGUACUCGACUGGGAGAAAAUGCUUGAUAAACAGAAUUUCUUUGCAAUUUUAUUUCUCACCCUUUCUCGACCAAUAAUGCUUUUUUUUUUUUUUUUUUUUUUUUUUAAUCUGAGCCCUACCUUAGCUGGGAAACACACUGUUCUGCUGUAUCUCUGCAUAAGCAAAUCUUUCAUUAGAUCUGCUUCCAGCAAAGAUGACAAGGCAGCUUGGAGACUGGCAUGUGCUGACCCACCUUUCAGCCCACUCCAGACUGAGUCGCCUGUGGCACAGAUCUGAUUUAUUACAGGCAAGAGAAUAGCAAGGGAAGUUCCCUUUAAGUUUUAUAUCUAAUUAUUGCCUGAAAUAUGGGAGGCUGUUCUUUCUGCAAUGAUACAGCAACUUUUCUAUCUUAUUUUAAAAUGACGAUUUGUCCCUGCCUACACUAGGCACUAAACUACACCAGCACAAUCAGCUUUGUUUCACACGAGAGAAGCGCUGGGAGGGUGUGAGCUCUUAUUUGGGAAUUGGAAUUAGGGAAGCUUCUAGCUGAAAUUACUUGAGAAGAGAUUGGUUAGCCAGGGCUCCCUGGAGAAGGGUAGCUUUUGUGCAGAGGUUAAGCCAUAGGAUACAGGGAAGGAUGAAUCAGAGCUCAGCCCACAAAACAAAGUAAAAAGCCUUUUUUUGGAGGCACUGCAAAUCCAACCUGGCCGUUCUGGAGUGUUCUUUGUGUGGCUACUUUGUCUUCAGAUGCUGUGAGGAAGGACAAGAGGGACAGAGGUGGGUUGACCUUUUCAAGCUACCUGGCCCUGAAGCCAUAAACCACUAGAGUAACCUGGAAAUACUACUGGGGAAACGAAGGCAGAGCAUCUGCCGGAUUUAGUCUUGCCAUAGAGUUGGCAGCCUAAGGCCAUGUUAUGGAGCUAAAUUCAUAGUGGUGAGGAGAUACUAAUAUAAUCUUUUCAUCUCAGUGGAAAAGACUUUUUGGUUAGUUGGCUUGGUGGGUUUUUUGAUGGUGGUUGGUUGGUUGUUUUUUUUUUUUUUUUUGAUAAAUCUUAGAAAAGAACUUGUGUUUGAAUGGACUUUUCUAAACCAUCCCUUCUAGUCUGCCCCUUCUGUACUCAGUCCAGCCCUGGGUUUCUCACUUCCCUGCUGUGGCGCUGAGCAGCUCUGCAGUGUUACACGCUCACUGGCUGCACCCAGCAGUUUGUGCUUCCGCUGGUCACCGUAGAUGUCGGUUGUCUUAUAAAAUUAGAACUACCUAUGAGGUGAAUUAUUCAUUUCCACAGCUAAGCAGGAGCCAUGUUGAUUUGAUUUACUGUUUUCUAUUUUGUCUAUUGAUUUUUGGGUAAUCUCAACAGUGUGCUCCCAUAAAAGGCCAUACAGAACUUUGUACUCAGUUUAACAAUUUUAUUUACAAAGGGUGUUCUUGCCUCCAUGUCCCCUUGCCAAGUUACUCCAGGCAUGAAGGACUAAGUUUAAUUUCUAUUAUUAAUAGAGCACAAAGAAGAUAUAUAUUAUACAACUCUCCCUGCUGUCUUAUUUGGGGUGCCAAAAUCACAGUAUGCUGUCUGGGAACAGCUAAGAAGUAGGAGAGUUCCCACCUGACAGAUCUUGGCUGUUAAAAGGCAAAAAGGACACAGAUGGUUGAAGCCAGAUUUCUGUAUAAAAUGAACAACUAGUUUUCACCUGUAUAAUGAAGCAGAUAAGUUUGUUGCAGGUACCAGUACAAAAGCAGGCCUCUGAAAACACUUCUCAGAGAAAUGUGUUUUUGGAUGUUACAGCCACUGACAAGCAAUACCACACUGGAUGCCCAGGGCUCACAAUUUCUAUACAGGAGAGACUGUGUAAGGAAGGCUGCUAUGGGCUCAGAUUUUAGUGUGGUAUUGCCUUUUGAAAGGCAGAUACUGAAAAUGGAUAGGCUUCCAAGUGAAAAAUCAGUAAUUCCUCCCUCUAUUCCAUCACUUACAGAAAUAAUGUGCGUGUUUAGAAGGCAAGCAGAGUACAUUUUGAGAGUAGCAUUGUUAUCCCCAAGGUGUGUUACAAAGUUUAUCAUUCUCCCCAUUAUAGCAGGACAAAAAAAGUCACCCAACUUCCUUGCUUUGUGCAUUCCUCGUUCGUGGUAGCUCAAAUACCAGAACUGUAUCUGAACUCAAAGAAGAGUGGGAGUUUACCUUUCUCAUUACUAAGUAGUCUAUUCCUCUCUCCUCAUGCUGGCCUAGGGGAUCUUUCGUAAAAUUUAAGGAAGCCAGGUAAGCUUUUGUAAAUAUGUGUCAGGGACAUUAAUGCCUGGCUGACCAUACCUCUGGUCUUCUAACUCUCCUGGAGUUGCCCAACAGUGAUCUUUAUGAUCUAAGCAGCAGACUACCUAUUCUUUCAGUCCACUCUGUAUUUCUGCAGAUGAACUGAAACCUAAUUCCACACAGCUCCCAGCCAAAGAAGACAACACUGUUCCCUUUCACUCAUUGUGAAAGAACUCCUAUGUUCAUUUGGAAUUUAAUUAAAUUUUACCCACGCAUUAUCUUUCCCUUGUCCUGUUAGAUAAUUUUCUCAGUUUAAUGAAAGGCCCCAGAGUCCAGGGUCUUUUUGCUAUUUCUGCCUGUAGUUCAUAAAAAGCUAUGAAGGUACAUUGCAAACCCUUGUGGGUCUCUUCCAACUCAGGACAUUCCAUGACUUCUAAAUCUGAAAGAAAACAGUUUUUGUGAAUGGUUUGCUUGUAUAUGUCUUUGUCUGACUUCCCAAGCUGUAGGUACAGAGCAUGAGAUGCCUCAUUCUUCACACCUUGGGCAGUUCUAGGACAUGAUUCCUCUCCUUCCACAGAAGCUGAGGCAUUGCAUAUAAUCACCUCUAGCAAUUGGCUAUAACACAGGAUUAGACUAAUCACGUGAGGACAUUUCCAUUGGACAUGAGCCUCAGUGUUAGGGUCCAUUUUUCAGAAAUAAUUUCACCUAGCUUGAAGUGCUCAGCAUUCACAAGAGUAGGCCCCAGCGGCUAAGGCAGGGAUAGCAAAUGAAUAGCUCGCUCUGGACUAGCAACCACUUCUUACUGGGGAAACUUCCUCUCUCUUCUUUAUAUUGCACAUUCUUGUAUAAUAUACUUUCAGAAGCUGAUGAACUAAUCAAAUAAACCUAUCUGGAAGGGCAUGUACAACAACACUAUAUCUAAUGAAGCAAGAAGACAUGUAGUUUCUAUACUGUCUGAUUUACUUAAAAAAAGACUACUUGUGUUCCAUGAUUUGAUUACCCUGCCAAACAUAUUAUGGGUUCCUCUAAAAAUGCUAAGCAAUUGGAUGCUUCUAGGCUAACUGGAAAUGAAACAUUUUCAGUGCAUUGACUUGUUAUUGAGAUGAGAGGAAAUAAGAAGGAAGAAAAAUGUAAUCUGUGACCCAAGAAAAAGGAAAACUUAAUGUACAAGCUGUUUGUAAACAGAUGGAGAGUUGGCACUGCACAAAACUAAGACAUAAGCAGAAAACUAAGAGGAUUUGAGGAAAGAAAAUUAGAAUACAUAGUCAAAGAACACCUCCAGUCUAAUAUUUAUGCCUGUCAUUGAAGAUUAUCUCCAACUUCAUGUCUUAUCAGUUUGCUAAGAGCAGGAUGUAACUGUAUACAACUUCGAACAUAAAGCUCACACAAAUUGGACAUCUCCCAUUCCUUUCUUUCUCUACACUUCAAUCAUUAAAAUGUACUUUCAGCUCUACUCCCUUGAUAAGCUUUAUUUGAAUAUAGUGCAAGCUUUUGCCGGUUCACAUUGUUGCUUUCUGUAAUGACAUCUCCUGCCAUUUUAGUGAUAAAAUACAGAAUUAUCUUCCAAAAAGGUCUUAUCCCUCAAAAUGUCCAACCCCAUUGUUUGUUGCCUCAUACCUACAGUGUGCUGCAUGCACACACUGUGUAUGCAAGAACACAGAGCGAUGGAUUUGGAGUUCACAUCGAUAACUUUUGAAGUUUGUUCUGUUAAUGCCACAUCCACCAUUGCCCUGAUAUUCGUGUGUCUGGUGUCACACAUGGAGAAGAGGGGAAGAGCACACCCUAGAAAAUGACCAGGGAAUGUCAGGCAUUGAUGAAAUUAAAAGCUGCCAAGUAAUUAGCCACCUCUGAGCUCAGCUCUGCCAUGGCUGGUCAAAUCUGGCUUGGCUAUGUUGAUCUAACACCACAGGACAGGGGUACUCAAUGAAAUUUCUCUGACUUUCACAAUAGGUCUGCUAAUUGUUUUUAAGGUCUUGCAGUUUGAGAGCCUGUAAAGUAAAAGAAGCGACUCCUCUGGUUAAUGUUCAGUGGCCUGGUGACACAAGGUAAAUGCUGCCUUCCUUAAAUGACUAUCAAAGGGAAUCUGCAGCACUACAGGUGAGUCCCUUUGAUAUAGAGGCACAGCUCCUGUUCAUGCAAAGAAAUGCAAUCCCUUUUCCCUCAAUUUAAGGUUAGGUAGUGCAAGUGAUAAUUUAAGGAAAGGUACAUGAGAAGGGAAAUCCAUGCUGAGCUGAGGGAAUACAGUCCCCACUGUUAUGCGUGCAGCCUUUUCACAACGGCUUUCCAGAAACAGUUCAUAUAAUCUAUUUUUAUUACCAACUGCAAUGAAGCUAACAGCUUGCAUUAGGGUCAUUUUGACAGUGGGUGGAAGGCCUAAACUCUGUGAUAUUCAGGCUGCGGUGUCUACUAGAACAGGUUUUUCACACUCUGUGUCUAAUUCUCUACUGGAAUUAAAUUUCACUUUACUGUAGUGGAAACCAGCCUUCAAUUGGGAAUACAACAAUUUGUAUCUCUUUGCACAGUGCAAUGUAAAGGAAGAUCUGUGUGAAAAAGGAUCUGCUAAUGUACACCCUAACUAAACACAACUGCAAAAGAAAGCACACAACAAGUGGUUAUUUGCUGUUCUCCGCCUUAGGUAUUUGCACGCGUUUUUUUGUUUUUUUUUUUUUUAACUGAAGAGCAGAAAAGGAUGAUGUCAGUGGGGUUUAUCCCUAUUUUUUGUUUAUUUUUAGAAGCAGACCAACAAAUAAUCAUGACCUAAAUUCUACAAGACAGAAGUGCACACAAGCACAUUGUUACAUACCAGAAUCUAUUUGAGUUCGGACAAUUUCAGCAGAACUGUACACAUGCAUCUUCUUUAAAAGCAGACUACAAAAAACUAAUUCACCAAUACAGUGAAAAUAAACAGUAAGGUCUAAUAGGUCUAAUAUUUAAGACAGACAGUGAACCCAAUCUUGUGACUUCUUUGUUUUCAUACAAGGAUAAUGUAGAUAUAGCAUUAAAAUUCAGGCAGAAGUCUGUCAAAGGCAAAAAAAGAUAAGAGCACUUUUAAGUGAGCAUCAGUUUUAUACUGUCAUUAAAGUGAGGCUGGAUUCUGGAUGGCACAAGCUUCAAACUGGGCAUGUGCGGACCCUGUCGUCUCUUGUAUUUAAAUGGAAAGCGCUGCUGCUGCCCUUUGCUAAGCUGAAGAUGGAGUGAAGCAAUCUGAAGCUCUAGUGAGAAAUUCUGCACUGGAUCUCGCAUUAUUCCAGAGAAUCUGGCAAUCUUCUUUACACAGGAAAAGGACCCCAACAGCACCAAAAUUGUGGAGUACUUCAAUGCAUGGAAUGACUUGGAAGCCAAUGCCUACACACUGAUGGACCUGCCUCUUGGAGCCCCGACAAUGACGGUGCAAGAUGUUCCUGGUGCCUUUCCUACAGUGGAUGUCCCAGACCAUGCCCAUUAUACAAUUGGAGUAGUCAUUCUUCUAGUGGGGAUCACAGGAACUCUGGGUAAUUUCCUGGUCAUCUACGUUUUCUGCAGGAGCAGGAGCCUUCAGACUCCAGCCAACGUAUUCAUCGUCAAUCUAGCUAUUAGUGACUUCCUGAUGUCUAUUACGCAGUCUCCAGUUUUUUUCACCAAUAGCCUCCACAAACGCUGGAUUUUUGGUGAGAAAGGCUGUGAGCUGUAUGCCUUCUGCGGAGCUCUUUUUGGCAUUACAUCUAUGAUUACUUUGAUGGUGAUUGCCUUGGACAGAUAUUUUGUCAUCACAAAGCCUCUGUCUUCUGUUGGAGUGACGUCUAAGAAGAAGGCCCUAAUAAUCCUGGUAGGAGUCUGGCUGUACUCUUUGGCUUGGAGCCUCCCACCCUUCUUUGGAUGGAGUGCGUAUGUUCCUGAGGGUUUGCUGACUUCCUGUUCAUGGGACUACAUGACUUUCACACCAUCAGUCCGCGCCUACACGAUGCUUCUUUUCUGCUUUGUCUUUUUCAUUCCUUUGAUUGCUAUCAUAUACAGCUACAUCUUUAUAUUUGAGGCUAUCAAGAAGGCCAACAAGUCUAUCCAGACAUUUGGAUGCAAACAUGGAAAUAAAGAAUGCCAGAAACAGUAUCAGAGGAUGAAAAAUGAGUGGAAGAUGGCCAAAAUUGCACUGAUUGUCAUCUUGCUUUACGUCAUCUCAUGGUCACCAUACUCUAUUGUUGCUCUGGUAGCUUUUGCUGGGUAUUCUCAUGUCCUAACACCGUUCAUGAACUCUAUACCAGCCGUGAUUGCCAAAGCUUCUGUCAUCCAUAACCCAAUAAUUUAUGCCAUCACUCACCCCAAAUACAGAAGAGCCAUUGCAACAUAUGUUCCUUGCCUUGGAUCCCUGCUGAGAGUUUCUCCUAAAGACUCACGGUCUUUCAGCAGUUAUACCUCCUCCCGACGAGCAACUGUAACCAGCCAGUCUUCUCAGAUAAGUGGGCUGCAGAAAGGAAGAAGGCGACUGUCUUCUCUCCCUAACAGUGAAUCAGACUGUACUGACACAGAAACCGAUACCCUCAGUGUGUUCUCCAGACUUGCUAGCAGGCAGAUUUCCUAUGAAACAGAUAAAGACACAACUCAAACUAGUGACCUAAGAGCCAAACCUAAACUGAAGAGCCAUGAUUCUGGGAUAUAUCAGAAGACACCUGUAGAUAUUGAAGACAUAUCCAUGGAGGAACUGAAUGCCACAGAGUACACUACUACACCUACUAGAGGUGAAAACCUGAAUGGUAUCGAACAAAGAAAAGGAGAGUCUCACCACAGACCAUCAGCAGCCCAGAUACCCAGCAUUACAAUAACGUACAGCAAUAUCCAAGGAGCAGAGCUGCCCUCUGGAUACAACUCUGGUUUCCUGUAUCCAAAGAUCAACAGCCAUAAGCAGAACAAGAAGUCCAACAGCUAAGUGAGUGGUGAAAGCCAGAACGCCAUAUCAGCCAAUACCUCUGGAACAGCUAUGGGCCAGCUGAAUCCAGAACACCUCCCUACAUUGUUCUGAAAUGCUCCUACACAGACACAAGACAAGCAAGGAGAAAAGCAAGGGGAGUAAGCUUUUCAGCAUCAGAGUUCUCUCCAGUCGCUCACUUCUUGAACCGAGUCUCAUUGUAAUUUUGUUAUCUCUUUAUGCAGCUCAUGAACCAAUUUCUUCCACUUGGAUUUUACUCUGCUCAGGUAUAUUCCACCACUGCAUGGAUCUAACCUACAAGCCUCCUAGGAUUAACUUGAGAGGAAAAGGAAAUAUGAGAUUCAAAACUGACCUUUGUUCACUUAGUGCAGUUUUAACUUCAAGGCUAUUACAGAGCUAAAGCUGAUAUAUUUGGGGAAAAACAUACAUUGCUCCCUGAAGACGAUUUCUUCAUUGUUGUGAAGUUCCUCAACCAAAUGGAAACCUAAUCACAGAGUCUGUGCUCCCUUCUCUCAUAAAUGACACAUUUUCGCUAAUUUUCUUCUACAAUCCAAUUAAAAGGCAAUGCACUCGGGCAGUAAUUUGAAGUCUCAGAUCUUUAUUUUAAUUUCUGAGAUUCUGGGGGAAGAGAAAGGAAUAACACUGAGGACGGGGCUAUGGUCCUUUCCAUGCUUUUCCAAUGGUUGCUUAGAGACCAGUAUAACCUGCUCUUAGCUAACCUCCCCAGAGCUACAGGCAAGUAUUAGGAAACUCCUUCUGACUUUCCUUUAGGAGGUUUCAUAAGAAGAAUGCAGAAUUCAAAGCAGCAUUUAUACUGAGAUGUCUUAUGGUUAAGUCAAUAAAUCUGCCUUCUCACACCGCAAAUUGGUUUACAUUUAGAUGUGCUUUUCAAAAGUACAUCUUGGGAGAAGAAGGGUUAGUUCCCCCAAAACAGUUGUUCUAGAGAUGAGUGGAAUCUGCACUGUCUCCACUUUAGCAUUGUAAUAGAAAAGAGAUGGAAAGGAGCUAUUACAGUUCUUCCCUUCACCUACCACAACUGGAUAUUGUCUCCAGGCAGAGGGCAAUAUUAAACUGAUAAUAUAUACAGCUCGCGAUAAGGAGAAAGAAGGGAGAAAAAAUACCAUCUUCAAACAGGAAGGGUGUUCAAAGAUACUCAGCAAGUCUAAGGAAUUUUAUUAGGACGUACUGCUUAGGCUUUUAAAAUUAUUUAAAAACAUAAAGCAUGUAAUUCUUCCCACUCUUUAUCAUGAAGGCUAUUCACACCAGUCAAAACUGGGAACAAAUGCUAGUGAAUGCUGCCUAUUUCAUACAAGUCAAAAAAGGCUGAACCUCUCAAGAAAAUAGGUCAAAACUCACACAUGCUGUUUUGUGUGUUAAUAAGAUGUGCAUGGUAUGUACCCUUAAAAGCUAGACCCUUUGCUCCUGUCAUGAUUUUGUUCCAAAUAGUAUUCUUGAAGACUAUUCUCUGCACUCUUGCAUUCCCUUCCACUUUUAGAGGACAUAAAAAGAAUGCUUCCAUGGCUAGAAAAGCCUUACAAAUCCACAGCACGUUGUUCUCUAUAUCCUCCAACUCCAACACGUACUGGAGAUUAGUUUGUAUCUAUAAAAAGAACUACAGCUGUUCACGCUCAUCUACUUACAAGACGCUUGAAAAACCACAUAUUAAUUAGAGAGAAUUUGUUUGGGAGCACUUCAAAACUCGUGUGUGUACUCCCUGUGUAGCUAACAGCUUUGCCUUUACCUCUACUGAGACUAUAAAAAUCGUUCAGGAGAAAGCCUACAAAAUUCAUUUCACCUGAAUAACUCUCUAAGUGAUUCACAUUGUAACCCCAGUGGCAUUUGAAAUAAAUCAUUAUUAGUUCAUAUUUCAACUCA